CAUCGCUCUCUCAUUUCCUUUCGAUUUGACAUUGUCGUUGACGCCACAACACCGACCGGGACCACAUAGGUGAUACAGAUAGCCGAUCGACGACGGACCAGACAUUGCCCAGCUUUGCCGCGGAACGCGUGCAGCGACCUCCUUAGACUUGCCUCUUAACUGGUGGCUCUUUCGCUUCUACACUACAAACUUGACAACUCCCUUCACAAACGGCCAACAUGUCGAAACCAUAUGACCAAGGCGCACCACCUCAAUACCCUCAGAACCCAGCGCCUGUUCACUACGACGCUGGUCCUGCUCCUGGAGGCAUGCAACCGUCAUACUACAACCAAGGUGGCGGUGCCCCUGAUUACUACGGCGGAAGCCCGAACCCUUAUCAGCAAGGCCAACCAGGUCCGUACGGCCCGCCACAGGGCCAGUACGGUCCUCCUCAAGGACAGUACGGUGGGCAGCAGAUGCAAUACCAACAGGGACCGCCUCCACCAGGUGGAUAUUACCAGGACGACAGGAGGCAUGAUGGUGGCGGAGGUGGCGGACUCCUUACUGGAUUGUGCGCGGGUCUGGCGUGUUGUUGUUGUUUGGACUGCUUGUUCUAGGCCUGAGGCCAUGAGGGCUCAGCACUAAGAACAAGAGUAUUGGAGUGAGGCAGCAGACUGGCCCAAGGCAUUCGGGCAGGUCAGAAAUGCCGGGCGCAUGACGGACGUGAUUGCAUAUGCGCAUGGGCGUCGGGAAGAAGGGGCGGAGACUGGAAGCUUUGUUUUGUUCCGAUGGUAAUCUAUCCGCGACACGAUGCCGUGCGGCAAUCGCGUAGUCUAAUAAUCAUACGACUCCCCAGAUGCGACGAGGCUGCUGGCGGUAUUGUGAUAUACAUUGCAUCAUGAAUGUGCUACAAGAGCAGGAGGUCAGCCUCUCUAUCCAAAACCAGCCUGGUCGUGUCCAGCCACAGGGCGUGUCGCUU